GCAGACCACUGCAACAACGCGACCGUAUUUGGAUUAUAACUAUGACUCUGGAAGAGUUUCACGGACAAGACAACACGAUGGAAAACAGUGACAGGCUGCAAAGUGCAGGGACAGCGCUGGAAGAGCUGCUGGUCGCCGCCAAGAAUCGGGACUACCUGACGGUUGGAGUCUACGAGUCCGCCAAAGUCAUGAAUGUUGACCCAGACAGCGUGGCAUUCUGCGUCCUGGCCACGGAUGAGGAGUACAAGUGUGACAUCGCGCUCCAGAUCCACUUCACCCUCAUCCAGGCGUUCUGCUUUGAGAACGACAUCAACGUCGUGCGUGUCAACGACAUCCAACGCCUGGCAGACCUCGUGGGCGCAGACGAAACCGGCGAGCCAAAGGACGCUCACUGCAUUCUUGUCACGAGUCCCAGUGCAAACCCAUGGAAGGAUCCCGCUCUGGACAAGCUGGCUCUGUUUUGCAAGGAGAGCCGCAGCGUGUACGACUGGGUGCCCAGCAUCACCCUUCCAGAGCGCUGAACCUACAACACACACAACCCACUGAUGGUGAAAGCAAAGUCAAGGAGCUGAUCUUCCACCAGAAGGGGUUUUUUAAUCUUUCUUCCUCACUUUUUGAGGGAUUUGAGAGGCUGUGGUUGUAAACCCUCCCCUGCAAGAGUGUGCAACCCUUACAUUUCAGUUUGGGUUGGCACUUUGGUUCUGGAUUACCCAGUGGAAGAGGUUAAACAUAGGAGGUCAGCUGUGGACCAGGUGCACAUGGAGUGUACAGAGUCUGAUGGAAAGAGUUUGGACUGAGCUGGAAAAGACAUGUGGAGACCCAGGGACUGCUUUCAAUAACAGGCACUGGAGAAAGCACAUGGAAUAAAAGACUGCAGAAAUAAAGGACUAAUGAAAGUGGUGCUAAAUCUCAACAGAGAAGCAAGAUGCUGGUCCUAAAGAAUGCUAUCUGAAACUGACUUGCUGGACUUGGACAGCUGUCAGGUUGUUCUUGGAGGAAGCAAUGACAUUGUUUGUGAAUCCUGGUGUCAGCUGUGUCUGUAUGUGACAUUUUUUUUAUUACAAGGACAAUUGUUUCUUUUACACAUGCAGACAAAACAAUGCAAUAUAAGUUUUAGUUGUAUCUUUAUUGUUUUGAAAAAUAAACUUUUAAUAA